AUGACUCUGUUGCCCUUUUCUGUUUUUGGGUGUGGAAAGAAAAGGGCAAGAAUGAUGAUAGCUAUGAUAGUGGUUCUCAAAUUUUAUUUGUUAGAUGACCCUAGCAGCCUUAGUUUCUCAAGUUUUUAUGCUCGUGGGGAUGGAAGAGGAGAAACCCGUGUAAUUGUAGACACUGACCCCAUUGGAGCAUCCUACGAUUUUUACCUCCAGUGCUCGAAAAUGUCGCCUCAUAUUGGGGGAACAUCUGCCCGGUCUGUGGAUGGCGGAUUUAAAGAUCAUCAUGUUGAUCUCAGUGUUACGGGAUCCAAUCCAGCUCAACUCAGUUUUAUGGGAUCCAAUCCAGCUCAACUCAGUGUUAUGGGAUCCAAUCCAGCAAGAAGAAAGGAUAGCCAAAGCAUGACUUUGCAGGGUGGAAUACCAACAAAUUCUGUUCCAUCUGAUGCUUCCAGGACAUUGUUUGUGCUGGGUUUGCCUUCAGACUGUAGACGGCGGGAAGUUGCUCAUCUGUUUCGCUGCUUUGAAGGCUAUCAAGAAUUGAGACUUAUAAGGAAAGAGCCAAAAUAUCAUGGUGGUGAUCCAUCAGUACUUUGUUUUGUGGAUUUUGUUAGUCCCGCUCAUGCAGCUGUUGUUAAGGAUGCUUUGCAAGGUUACAAAUUUGAUGAGCUUGAUCCUCUUUCUGUCCGUUUGAUAUUGCAAUUUGCUCGUCACCCGGCUGCAAGGUUGGCUGGUGGGUACCGUUGAAAAUGAUGAGGCACUCAGAUUGUGUAAGUUAGUACAGACUCCAGAUGGGUGGUUUUCCUGGGUUCAGCUUGAAUCGGGAGAAGGGCAAACUUUUUUAGCUUCCGAGAUUCUCAUGUCAGCUUUGCAGCUGUCGUUGGGAUCAGGCAUAGAAGAUAAACCAAGAAUCGGAAACUGAAUAUCCUUGAAUGUUAGUUUUAAUCAUUUCCUCAGAAAUACCGAAGCUGAUUGGAGUGUGCAAGGUCAGGUCCAACAUAUAUUUGUCAUUUUCACUAAAAGAGUGCUCUCUUGUUAAGACUGCUAGUACGCUGAUUGCUAUCUGUAUUGCAGGAUGGAGAUUAUCGUCUUUACUUGCUGGGAUAGCCUUAUCGGCUUUUCUACCUAGGAAGUUUCUAGGGGCUCUUUUUUGGUGUCUUUGCUUUCUUAUGAUUUCAAGCUGCUUAUAUUCUGGCUGCUUCUAUGCGUUAUAAAUAGAUAUUUAGCAUCAGUAAUCAUGGCACCUCUAAUGAUAGUGCAACACGUGGCUUUCCUUUGGCAGGUGAUGAUGUGCUGUAAAUUUCAGCGCUCUGUUACUUGCGUGGCUUACUUUUGGAUCCAUUCUAGUUAUGCGUGUCUGACUUCUCUGAUACGUUUGGCUGGAGUGCAAGGUAUGGUCCUUCCGCCUAAAGGGUUGUGAUUCCAGUUCAUGUAGCUAUAUUUCUAAUGGGCGACUUCCUGUCAGUUGGAUUAUGUCUGUCUGUCGAGUCUACUUCUGUGUGACGGUUCUCACCUGUUCUUGGAGAUAUAGUAACGGUGAUUGUGUGCCUAGGUUUUGGUUUGUUUUGAAUAGGCACUACUGUUCUAAGAUGUGCUCUUGGCUUGCCAAUUUUAUGAGAAACUGCAGUUUUUAAGUUUUGACCGUGAAGUGACUCGUCCACGCGUUGUCUUUGGGUGCAAGAUGCUUUCUGCGAUUAUCCUGGCUGUUGCGUCUCUUGCUUAAAAUUGAGACGAGUUGCAGAGGGGAGAGGCUGAUUAGAAAUGGAGAAAGUUAAUACAUCGCUUUUGCUUUUGUGAAAGACGCGGGGGGGAGAAGAAGAAGAAGAAGAAUGCGACAGAGGAAGAAUAGAAGGCAGGUGGUGAGCGGAAUUGUGAUCGGUGGACUGGUUGUUGAAUUGAUCUGAUUUGUGGUUUUAAAGUCCGAGAGUCGACGUGAUUAAUCACUGGUUGGGGUGGUUCCUACUUCCUACAUAUUAUAUGGGUGGAGCAGAGAAAAUCCGGAUUUUUUUGGGAGUUGAACCAUUAGAAUCUUCUAAUUAAGAUAUAACAUUAGAACGGUACUGGCUUCUCAUUACAAACCGAAAUCGCCAUAUGAGCAUGCUAAUUACGUGGCAUUUCACAGAAGCAGUAACCAUCCAAGUGCAAUAUUUGGGUGUCACUUUGGUGGUAAGUGUACUCUUGUAAUAAUAUGAAACUGAAAAUUGGACCGGCGUCCUUUUGACA